AUGUCCCACAAGAAGGCGCGGUUCAUAAAGGACUGCGCCUCCUACAUGCAGAACUGCCCCGUCCCCGCGCGCGACGUGUUCACCCACGCGUCGCAGACCGUGGCGUCGCUGGUGGUGGUGCCGCUGCUGGCGGACGACGCGAUGCUCGGGGCGCUCUACUUCACGCAGGACAAGCCGUGCGACUUCUCAAACAUACAGGACGCCCUGCUG